AAAAUAUAUUUAAUAAUUUGAUAACAAAUCUUUUCUUAUCAUUUUAAAGUAAAUGUUGAUGCUUGAUAGAAAUCCAUAUUUACUUAUAAGAAUUACAUUUAAAAUUACAGAAUUUACUUAUAAAAAUACAAAUAUUAUAUUUAUAUAAUUUUAAAAUAUAUAGUAUGAUAGCCUUACUUUAAUGUAUGACUUGAAAUAAAUGUGACUAAUAUCUCGUGAACCUAACUUCAUGUGAACAUGCAUUGUAUGCGUAUGUGAAAAUACAUAUAUAUAACCUAAAAUUUGAAACCUAUUCUAUAUAGUAAUCAUAUUUAAAAAAUAAAAAAUUUUAUAGUGCAAUUAUAUUUAGAAAGAAAACUAUAUAAUUUUUUACAAUUUUAAGAUCGAUCAUUAUUGUAAAUAAUCGUUAAAAAAUAUUAGUGUAUGAUUUACAUAAUUUUAUAUUACGCGAAGUUAAACUACAAUUUUUAAUAUUGUGAAUAAGAAAUAUUAAUUAUUGCUACAAUGAAAUGUCAUUAUGAGGUAUUAGGGGUACCACGAAAUGCUUCUGAUGAUGACUUAAAAAAAGCUUAUAGAAAAUUAGCUUUGAAAUGGCAUCCAGAUAAAAAUUUAAAUAAUCCAGAAGAAGCAAAAGAACAAUUUCAACUUGUUCAACAAGCUUGGGAAGUGUUAAGUGAUCCUCAUGAACGUACUUGGUAUGAUAAUCAUCGUGAUGCUAUUUUAAAAGGUGGUAUUGGUGAAAAUUAUAAAGAUGAUUCUAUUGAUCUUUUUCAAUAUUUCUCAACUACUUGCUUCAAAGGAUAUGGAGAUGAUGAAAAAGGAUUUUAUACUAUUUAUCGUAAUGUGUUUGAAAAAUUAGCAGCUGAAGACUUAGAAUAUACAAAAGAAAGGGAUUUGGAUGAAGAAGUUCCAGGAUUUGGAGAUUCCCAAAGUUCAUAUAAAGAAGUUGUUCAUAACUUUUAUGCUUAUUGGCAAAGUUAUAAUACAAAAAAAUCAUUUGCUUGGUUAGAUCCUUAUGAUAUAAGAAAUGCUCCUAAUAGAAGAGUGGUACGUCUUAUUGAAAAAGAAAAUAAGAAAGUUCGAGAUAAAGCUAAAAAAGAAAGAAAUGAACAAGUAAGAAAUUUAGUUGCUUUUAUACGUAAACGCGAUAAACGAGUACAAAUUCAUACAACUAAAUUAAUUGAACGUGCAAAAGAAAAUUUAAGGAAGGUUGAAGAACGAAAAAGACAACAAUUAUUAGAAAGACAGAAACAAUUAAAAGAGCAUAAAGUGUCAGAAUGGUCAAAAUUUUCAAAUAUAGAAGCUGAACUUAAAAAUAUUGAAGCUAAUCUUGCUCAAGAAUUUGGUGAAAAUUUAUCUUCUGAUGGAGAUAUCGAUGAUGAAAAUACAAUAGAUGAUAAUUCUAUGUAUUGUAUAGCUUGCAAUAAAAUAUUUAAAACACAUAAAGCAUUUACAAACCAUGAAAACUCUAAAAAACAUAAAGAUAAUAUUGCAAUAAUAAAAGUAUCUAUGAUACAAGAAGAUAUAAAUUCUCAAGAAAGUGAUAUAAACUCUGAUUUAAUUUUAGAAUGUGAAAAAAAAUUAUCAAUAAAUUCACAAAUGCCUGACUUUUUACUAAAUCCUAUUCAAAAUAAUACAAACAAAUAUAAUACUGCAGAACAAACUUCAGAAGAGGAACUAAUCUCAGAUGAUGAAGAAUUUGAAAAUUUUAAAAUACCAGAAAAUAUAAAAUAUUAUUCAGAAAAAUUUAAACUUGCUACAGAUCCUCAAAUGAAUGAUUUUCUUUAUGUAGCAUCAAACAAAAAUGAUAAUGAAUAUUUAACUUCUGAAGAUGAGAUUAUCUCUGAUCAAGAAGAUGAAGAAAUAUCCAAAAAACAAAAAAAAAAAAAGCGAAAGAAGAAUGUUCAAAAUCCAAUAAAAGAACAAAUUAGUGAUGAAGAUAUAAAUAUUAAUGAAGAUAUGUUAUUAUCAAAAAAACAACGUAAAAAACAGCAACAAAAAAAGGCAUUAUUAAAUAAAGUUUUUGAAAAUAAUCAACCUAAUGACAAAAUAGAGGAGUAUGAAGAAUAUAUUCAAAAUCCAAUAAAAGAACAAGUUAGCGAUGAAGAUAUAAAUAUUAAUGAAGAUAUAUUAUUAUCAAAAAAACAACGUAAGAAACAGCAACAAAAAAAAGCAUUAUUAAAUAAAAUUGUUGAAAAUAAUCAACAAUUAUCUAAUGAGAAAAUAGAGGAAUAUGAAGAAGAUUUAAUGAAAGAAAAAGAUAAAACAGAAUUAUUAUCUGUUAAUGUAGAAAUAAAUAAUACACAUAAUGAAAAAUCUAAAAGUAAAAAAAGUAAAAAUACAAAGAAAAAAUCACAAAAUAUUGAAGUAUCAGAUUUAACACAUUGUUGUAUUACAUGUAAAAUUGAAUUUCCUAGUAAAAAUAAAUUAUUUGAACACUUGAAGAAAACAGGACAUUCCGUAUAUAUACCAAAUUCAUUGAAAAAUAAAAAGAAUCAAGAAGAAAAAUCAAGUAAAAGCAAAGAUAAAAGAAAUUAGAACCAUGAUAAAAGAAAUUAUUAAUUACUCUAAAUAAUUCAUAUAUUACUUGAUUUAAUUUAGUGUAAUUAGUUUAGAAAAUGUGUGUGAAAAACAUUUAAUUAAUAAAUCUUAAGUUAUUAUGUAUACAAUAUUAUGUAUUACAUAUUGUACAAUUUUAUUAUUAAAUAAAUAUAAUAAAAAUUUCUUUG